CAACCAUGCGUUUCUUCCAACUUGCUGCUCUUUGCACUAUUGCCGUCGGCUCUACGUCGACUUUGGCGGCGCCGAUGCCUCUGCAUGCGCGGAGUGUGAGUAGAGGGCGUUCCCGUCUCCCAUCAAAGCUGAUCAGUUCCUCAAAGGCCGUCGUCGCGCACCCCGUGUACAUGAAGCGGGACCCUGCGCCUGCCCUCGCCGCCGAAACUGCCGCUGCGGCGACGGACGCUGCUGCCUCUGAUGCAGCCGCCGCGACUGCUACUGCCGCAGAUGCCACUGUACGUCCGAAUACUUUCCGGCCGAUGAGAACAUCACUCACCUCAUGAUAGGCUGCUGCCUCUGCGACCGCCGCCGCAGGUGCUUCCAACGACGGUGGUGAUGGU